ACCGUUCGUGUUUGAGUCGCGUUCCCUCGGACACCGGUUCGGUUCUGCAGCGGCUCGGUGUGUGCUCGUGCAGCAGGAUGGGUCCUGUCGAGCUUCUCCACAUGUCAGUUUUCUCUCAGAGUUUCUCUCCCUGCGGUCGAUUCCUGGCGGCAGGAAACAACUAUGGAGAGAUCGCACUCUUCAGUCUGUCUGCCGCUCUGAGUCCAGAUGCCACCAGACUGAGUCAGAAACCUGUUCUAACGUUCACUGCUCACGAGGGUCCGGUCUUCUCUCUCCUGUCCACCGACUGUCGCCUCCUGAGUGCAGGAAACGGAGAGGUCAGCGCCUGGAGCUGGAGCGAGCUCAUCAAGAAGAAUGUCAAACCUCUGUGGACAAAAAGACCCAACUACAAGUCCAGUCUGGAGAUCCCGGAGAUCAACUCCAUGAUCAUCAACCCCAGAGACAACAGUCUGGUCGUCGGUGGAGGAGACAACAACAUCCACAUCCUGGACCUGGAACACGGCGUCUUCAAGUCCGUCCUGCAGGGACACUCGGACUACGUCCACUGUGUGAGUGUGAGGGAGAGGGAGGCCGAGAUCCUGUCGGGGGGGGAGGACGGAGCCGUGAGGAUCUGGGACAGCAGGACAGGACAGACGGUCCACUGCAUCGAGGUCUACAAGUACGAGGAAUGUGCACGGCCUCAGUUUGGUAAAUGGAUCAGCUGUUUGACGACAGACUCUGACUGGAUGCUGUGUGGUGGAGGUCCGUCUCUGUCUCUGUGGCACCUGCGCUCUCUGUCUCCCACCUCCACCUUCCCGCUGAGCGGCUGCCAGCGACAGGCCGCCUUCUACCAGGACAUGAUCCUGGCUGUGGGCGAGGGUCAGUCUGUGUCUCACUGUCUGCUGGGGGGAGAGGUCAAAGCUCAGAUCCCCUGCUCCUCACAGAGCCUGAACACCCUGCAGCUCAACACCAACAGCACCGAGCACCGGGUGUUGACGGUCGGAGGCAGCAGCGAUCACAUCGACGUCUUCACCAACCUGUCGUACAGAGCGUUUUCACUCAGCUUCUGAACACACACACACACACACACACACACACACACACACAC